CGAAAUUGAGAGAUUUUUAUAUGUGCUUCUGUAGGGGACAUCGAAAUUGAGAUUAUUCGGUUUUAACCCAGUAUUGGCUAGUUGCUUCUUAUUAAUACAUUUCGGGUUGUACCAAUAUUCUCCAAACUAACGUGCUAAUCAUUGUUUAAGUUUGGUGUAACGGCAGAAUAACUGGUCGAUGGUUGUUUAUCAAAGGACAUCUAGUGUUAGUAAAGAGUUGUUGCAGUUCUGUCAAAAUAUAUAUAUAGUUGAAUAAACCAUGAAGCUCCUGGAAAACUCAAGUUUUGAGGCCAUGAACAGUCUGCUCACUAUUGAAACGGGAGACUGUAAGAUAAUUGGACGUAUUGAGAGCUACUCCUGUAAGAUGGCUGGUGACGACAAGCAGAUGUUUAAGCAGUUUUGUCAGGAGGGGCAGCCGCACGUGCUGGAGGCUCUGUCUCCUCCGCAGAGCUCCGGAAUCAGCCCCAACAAAUUGAGUCAGAGUUUGGAAGAUGGGGAGGGUCCUCUCUCGGAUAAGUGCAGCAGAAAGACUCUCUUUUACUUGAUCGCCACUCUCAAUGAAUCCUUCCGGCCAGACUAUGACUUCAGUCGCACCAAAGGCCAUGAUUUCAGCAAGGAGCCCAGUGUUAAUUGGGUGUUUAAUGCAGUGAACAGCAGUUUGUCUGCUGCUGCGGGCGAGGUGUACAGUCACCUACAGCCUCAGUUAUGGGAAGCGUUAGACAAGGAGAUCAGCCUUGCUGAAUGUGACAUAUACAGUUACAAUCCUGACCUGGAUUCAGACCCAUAUGGGGAAGAAGGCAACCUGUGGUCCUUCAACUACUUCUUUUAUAACAAAAGACUGAAGAGGAUUGUGUUCUUCACAUGCCGUUCUGUCAGUCUUUUCAUGGCUCCACGAGACUCUGGCAUCGGCACAGAAUUGGAUCUGGAAUUGGAUGAGGGCAGCUAUGAGGAAGAGGAAGAGGGGAACAUGGAUGAAGAGAGGUAUGGUGCACUGUGUGCCUGGUGAAGCCCUCAUCCCUGUCCUCUGGAGCCUGCAAUCUCUUGCCUGAGUUUUUAUGCCUGUUAUUCUUUUCUGUUUUUUAUGUGUUCAAUUUUAUAUUGUUGGUCAUUUCUUAGGAAUGGAGAGAUGUUGUAAUCCAGAGAUUUUCAAGUGCUGGUUAUUGCACUUUAACUUUUUCCUUGACUUCAUUGCAUUCACUAGACUUACCUCUGACACCGGCCUUUGAGGGAACCAGUGUGAUGUGUGUUGGGAUAUUUUUACUGUCGUGUUUUUUUUUUAUCUCAAAUGAGGUCUUUUUUUUAUUUGUCUCUGAGUGUAAGUUGAAUUAUGCAGGUUUUAUUCUCCCUCUCUUUUCCCCCUCAACCCUGUUCAAUAUCUCCAGUAUAUUUUAUGUCUCCAUAAAUGUCACAGUAUUUUCACUAGGUGGCAUAUUUCAACAUCUCAUCAUCUUUGCUUCCUGCCUCUAGUUACUCUUUACUGGCAUUUUGAGCAUAGUUCAGAUUUAAAUGUUUAAAUCCAGUUUCCAUAUUUGUUAGGCCUACACGUGCUCAUAACUCAU